UGUGUGUCUGUGAGUCAGUGAGUCUGUGACAAGUGUGUGUGAUCACGUUGGUGAUACUCAUAGCCUUGCCAAAGUCUACCUGUCUGCCGCUCUGUCCCUCUGUUUUUCUCACCCUUUUUUUCUUUUCAUCCUCCACUCUCUUUCCACCCCCUUCCCCUUAAAUACCCUCCUCCUUCUCUCCCCUCCAACCCCCUCCCCACAUACAUCUCUACCUCUCAUAAGAAAACACAUACUUAGACCUCAUCGAUCAUCAAACUCGAUCUCAAGCACACCCAGAACAGAGUACUUGAGAGAUUGAGUUGUAUAUGCUUUGAAAGGGAAUUUUUUCAUUUACUGGGUGUGAUCUGGGGAACCGCGGCUAGACAAAUAUUAAUGACGAUGAUGAGCAACAACAUCGGGCAAUUUGGGGACACGACACUAACCAAAGUGUUUGUCGGAGGGCUAGCAUGGGAGACGCCGAAGGAGGCCAUGAGAGAGCACUUCGAGAAGUACGGCGAGAUAUUGGAGGCUGUGAUUAUCUCCGAUAAGGUCACUGGCAGAUCCAAGGGCUACGGAUUCGUGACGUUCAAGGAGGCUGAAGCAGCUAAGAAGGCUUGCGAGGACGCCACGCCCGUUAUCAACGGACGCCGUGCCAACUGCAACCUGGCUUCGCUCGGAGCUCGCCGCCCAAGGUCGUCUUCCACCACUCCUCCUCAACAAGGAUCCAACGGUGGACCGAGGCCCACGUCAGCUGCGCCGGCGAAUCAGGUUCAGUGGUACUACCCGGCGGCCGGGACACCCCCUUCGCCCUUUCAUCAUCAGCAUCAUCAGCCCGUUCCUUUCUAUGGGUACUCUCCCACAUACAUUGCUACUGAUAUCAGCUACAAUCAUAAGGUAAACUACAGCGGCGGGAGCUAUAUGAAUGGGCAUUUCUCUCAAGUGUAUCCGGGGCAAGCUAUGGUGGGUGGCAACACAUUGAUGCCCAUGUACCCUUAUUACCAUUACCAUCAAUCACAAACAAUGGGCCUACCCGCCCACUUCUUCUCGCCAACAGCAGCGGGCCCCAUUGCCUCAGUCCCGGCGAUCAUGUCAAAACCAGCAUCAAUUGCUCCUACCACAGUUUGCUUGGCUGUGGAAUAGGUACAACAGUUAAUGGCGCAAGUGAGGAGAGGUUGAAGAAGGUUGGGUAAGAGGGCACUUUAGUUGGGAAUAACAAAGGGAAGUUUGGUGGCUGCUCAGAACAACCUUAUUAUCUGAUCUGUCGUGGCUACUCUUUCCAUUUUUUCAAAUUUCAUUUUUUUAAUUCUUUUUCUUAGGAGUGCUUGAUAGGAUUCUUUCAUUCUCUCUCUCUCUCUCUCUCUCUAACAUCUCAGAUUGAGCUGUAAACCAUUAAAGAAAAAUGUAGCUGAAGUACUCCAUGCGUAUCUGUGAGAUUACCCAUUUCUUCUGGGUUGCUUUUGGUGCCAAUUCAUUGAACUUUGCUGCAUAAAGCCUGCAUCUCUAAAUAAUUACAGAUUUCUCUCUC